AACAAUGCCGGGAGAGUGCCGCCCGCCUAUCAAAUGAGCGUUAAAUUAAAAGAACGUUACCCAAACGACGCCGACUCAGUCAGCCACUGACAACGAACCCGACGCCCCACAAUCGAGCAAACGCGCCGGGUAAAAAACCAAACCAAACCAAACGAAACGAAACGAAAAGCUAAUUAGCAGCGAGCAUAAAGGCCAUUUGGAGUAUUAACUAAUUAAAGCCAGCGAAAUGCGCGACGCGAACGAAGAUCCAUCUGUGGCCGUUUCCAUGCCGGCAUCCGCAUCCGUUGCCGGAUCCUCCAGGGGAGGAGGAGGAGCGACCUCUGACCGCCGGUUGACGCAGCGCCUGCUCGUGGAACUCCUCGUGGUGGUGAUCCUCAUCAUACCCAUCUGCGUCUACGAGUUUGCAGUGGAUCCCGUGAGACGGGGCUUCUUCUGCGACGACGAGAGCAUCAACUAUCCGUUCCAGGACAACACAAUCACACCGGUGAUGCUCGGCCUGAUCGUAGGACUUCUGCCUGCCCUGGUCUUCCUGGUGGUGGAGUACGUGAGCCACCUGAGGGCGGGAGACAUCUCGGCGACGAUGGACCUGCUGGGCUGGCGGGUGUCCACCUGGUACGUGGAGCUGGGCCGCCAGUCCACCUACUUCUGCUUUGGCCUUCUGCUCACCUUCGACGCCACCGAGGUGGGCAAGUACACCAUUGGACGCCUGAGGCCUCACUUCCUGGCCGUCUGCCAACCGCAACUUUCGGAUGGCUCUCUGUGCUCUGAUUCUGCCAAUCUGCACCGCUAUGUGGAAAACUACGAGUGCGCCGGCGAGGGCUUCACCGUGGAGGAUGUGCGCCAGUCCCGCCUCAGCUUCCCCAGCGGACACUCCAGCCUGGUCUUCUACGCCAUGGUGUAUGUGGCGCUAUACCUCCAGAGGAAGAUCACCUGGCGAGGAUCGAAAUUGGGUCGCCACUUUGUUCAAUUCGCUCUGGUGAUGGUGGCCUGGUACACGGCCCUCAGCCGCGUGAUGGAUCACUGGCACCACUGGUCCGACGUCCUCACCGGAUCACUCCUGGGCGUGGCAGGCGCCCUGAUCACAGCCCGAUUUAUAUCGAGGAUGUUCGACGACGGGGUGGACAGCAUCCUGACCAGGGGUCUGAGGAGAGAGAACACGGCGGCCACGCUUCAGGAGGAGGUGUGUCCCACCACCCCGCCGCCCUACUCGGCGAACAGCAGUUUCAACGAGGAUCAGUACUGCUCGAAGGUCUAAGAGGGCCUACAAGACUUUCUUGCAGUCAUGUAAAUUCGUAACAUUCCAAAGGUAGCAAUAAAGUAUAGAUGAACAAUCAGCCCGAGUUGAAUCUUUAGUAUCCAAACCUCGUUAUAGAGCCUUACAGUUAGUUAUCACCCAUUUGUAUAGUUGAGUCUGUCUCCGCAAUCCCAUCUUACGUAUAAGUCAUCGUAUUAUUUGUGUAUUUUAAUUGGUACCAGUAAAAUAAAUAAUUAUAACGAAUAUAACCCAUA